AUGGAAAAGAAGGCGGCAGAAAUGUCGUGGUUGGAAGUGGCGAAGCUAGUAAGUACGAGACGACCGAUCACUAAAAACUGUGACGUUUACGUUGAGGUCUACCUCUCGCCAACGUUUGUCUUGUCGUUUUUCAAGGUUCUGCGGGAGAGCAAACAAGAGUUCAUGUCUGUCAAUGAAAUACUAGACGUCAUCGUGCAGAAGAAGCUUCGGGAUAUGACCAACUGCCAUAAGCCGUACGCAACUCUCUAUGCUGUCAUGCACAAUCAAGCAAAGAAAGCAAACUCUCCCAUCGUUAAAAAGCUCGAUCGUAUCUCAUACUUCGCUUGUAAAACAUCAUUGAAGCGAAAGAAACCCGGCAGCAGCCUUGCCUCUAAUAGAGUCACACAGCCGAUGGCAAACGUAGGAACGAAGAAGAAGAAAGAAGCGGAAAAGGAAGUAGAGAGUCUCAUUGUGAGUGUCGAUUUGACGCGGCUGGCUCAUCAGCCGUCAGUGAGGAAACCUGGUGGGAGGCAUGAGGAUGGCGUUGGGUCGAGGAAGGUGAAUGGAUUGAGGAAACCGAUAAGAGCGAAACCGUUGGAAUGGAAUGCGAAGGCACCAGAUGAAUCAAGUGGAAAGUCAUCGAAGAAGCUACAACGUGGGUCAUUCAAAUUAGAUCUUAACUCACCGAAUUCUCUAUUUGUACAUCUGGAUAUAAGGUGGGCACUUGAAAUAUCAGGUGAACAACAUCAAGUCGAUGACAUUGCUCUGAGGCAUGGAUUUGUGAAUUUUGGAAAGAUUGAAGGGUUAGAUGGCUGCUAUCGACUUCUACAAUCCAAUCAGAGUGUUGUGUCAACACAACAUGCCGAAAUGGUAACAAACAGGCUGCUCGAUGAGCCUCAGGUUGUACAGGCCGAGCAGCAAAUCUUACAGGAAAUAGAAUUUACUGGAUUUCAAACACCCAGAGAUCCAUACUUCCACAAGCAAUGGCAUUUGGUAAACAAGGGCCAGGCGGGUGGUCCAAAGGGUCUGGACAUUAACGUACUCCCAGUGUGGAAGCAAGGCCUUACAGGAAAAGGUGUAGUCAUAGCCGUUCUUGACACCGGUAUCUAUCAUGAUCACCCCGAUCUCAAGGCUAACUACAAAGCAGACAUCAGUUAUGACUACGUCGAUGAAGAUCGGGACCCUUUUCCUGACCCAGACUCAUUCCAACCAACGCACGGCACACUGGUGGCAGGCGCAAUUGCCGCCUCAAAGAACUCAGUCUGCGGCGUGGGCGUGGCCUAUGACGCAUCCCUGGGCGGUGUUCGAUUGCCACUUGAUUCGUUUACGGACGUCAAGGGCGCCGCCGCAUUGUCGUUCGGGCGCAGCAAAGUAGAUAUUUACAGCUGCAGCUGGGCGAUUCCGAGUAACGGACGCACACUGGGCGGACCAGGGAGGCGAACGAGAAAAACGCUAGAGAAAGGAACUACAGAAGGAAGAGACGGGUUGGGAGCUAUUUACGUUUUCAGUGCCGGGAAUGGCGGCAGCUUCGACGACUGCAACUGCGACGGCUACCAGAACAGCAUCUACACGAUUUCCAUCACUGUCGUGUCGGGAAACGGGACGAAGCCGAGCUACACGGAGCACUGCUCGGCCAUCCUAGCAGCCACCUACAGUGGAGAUGACCCACACAACGAGUUAGACUACAGACCUGGAAUUUUUUCGACUAGUGCCAACGGCACGUGCGGUGAGAUCUCCGCGACGUCAGCGGCGGCUUCUCUCGCUUCCGGAAUCAUAGCAUUGGCUUUACAAGCAAAUCCGUUGUUGAGUUGGAGAGACGUGCAGCAUAUCAUAGUGCGCACUGCGAAAAUCAUCGAUCACAAUCAUGAAGACUGGACGGUAAACGCAGCCGGACGGUAUGUAAGUCACGUUUUCGGGUACGGAGUCCUAGACGCGGAGGCCGUCGUCGAGGUCGCCAAGAACUGGAAACAAGUGCCAGAGCAACACGCAUGCGUCGAGAGCUACAACGCGUCUAGACCUCGUCGAACGGUCGGUGCCCGGAUUAGGACCAACGGUGACCGGAUUAGGAUACAUCUGAAAACGAGCGGAUGUCGUGGAACCCCCAACGAAGUCCGCAGCUUAGAACACGUCGUGGCGCGCAUCACUCUGUCUGCGUCUUUCCGUGGUGACGUCACCAUCCACCUCACCUCUCCGCAACGCACGACGUCGCGACUCCUCCGUCAUCGCGCUCGCGACGACAGCAACGACGGAUUCACCAACUGGCCGUUCAUGACCGUAUUCCACUGGGGCGAAGACCCGACGGGCGAAUGGACCCUCGAAAUUAUAGCCAAGAAAAGAGGCAACAAAAUCACGUUAAAACGCUGGAAUCUGAGUCUCUACGGAACAAAGGAAUCCCCGGAUAACGCCACCACGUGUCAUUCCGAAUGUUUAUCCGGGUGCUUCGGGUCUGGGCCUGAUGACUGCUACGGCUGUCUUCACUUCAAAAUCGCCACCAAAGGCGACAAUUACACAUGCGUGGCGACGUGUCCGCCUCAUCUCUACUCCCUCUUUACGACAAACGGACGCAACGCGACUUGCUCGUCCACCUGCCCGCGCGGACGCUACCGCGCACGCUCGUCGACACAGAACGGACCCUUCGUGUGUAAAAAGUGUCCGACCGGAUGCACGCGUUGUAAAUCAAAACGUUACUGUCAUAAAUGUAAAGACGGAUGGAACAUGCUUGAUUACAAACAGGCAAGGCACACGCACUACCGACAGUGUGUCCUUCACUGUUGGACCUCCUACUACCUCCACAAGGAAAAGAAGACUUGCUUUCCAUGCUCCACAAACUGCUCAAGUUGCGACGGACCCGCCAACACCGACUGCCUGAGCUGUUUCCAUCCAGAAGUCCUCCAUCAGAGACGCUGCCACGACGCCUGUCCCUCUAAUCUCCACCCUUUGACCCUCGAGCACAACAAUGGUGUCAUUUGUGUGGCGGAUUGUGAGGCGUUCGAGGGCUACUACCUCGACCGACUGUCGUCACGGUGUGGACAGUGUAAUGCGCUAUGCUCGUCGUGUCGCAACGAAAGCCACGACGCGUGCACGAGCUGCAAAUCGAGAUACUACAUGCUCGACAGCACGUGCCUCUUCAGCUGCCCGCAAGGAUACGAGAUGACGAAAUCGAGUAAAGGCAGAGUGUGUAAGUACUGCGGACACGACGGCUCGCUCUGUUUCCGCGAUUCCGUCGCGUCUCAGCAGCUCGACGACUCCGAGUGUCCGUCGGGAACGUUCCGGGAGGUUAACAUGCCUCGCAGCUUAGCGUGCGUGCGCCGCUGCAGAGACGGCUACUAUGCCGACAGUCGAACGCGUCGGUGCGCGAAGUGUCCGCGGAGAUGCGCGCAAUGCCGCAACCCGACGGUCUGUACCAGCUGUAAGACACCAUACUCUCUGUACGAGACAAAAUGCGUGUCCGAGUGUCCUCUCGGUCACUUCACGCAACAAACAAACGCACAGACAAACGUCCGCCUGCGUUGUCUGCAGUGUGACGCCGCCUUUCGUCGCUGCAACGGCUCAGAUGUGUGUACACAAUGCGCACAACAGUGUCCGCCUUGUCGACGUCGAUGCGAAGAGUGUCGGAGUGCUGCACAUGCACAGACCAAAUGCGUUCGCUGUUCUCGUCGCUACUACCUGCACGGAUCCCGAUGCUCCAUCGACUGUCCGGACGGCUACUAUAGGAAUGCCAACAGGUGGACUUGCGACCGAUGCCAUUCGUCUUGUCUCUCUUGUUUCGGUCCUGGUCCGGCUCGCUGUACGAGGUGCGACGGCGAGUGGGCUCUCUAUUCCGAUCGGUGUCUGCCGUCGUGUCCGUUGGGUUUGUUCCGUCGGUUUGUGUCGGAGGGACGUCGUGUUGUCUGCGUUGCGACGUGCGCGCCGGGAAUGUACGGAGACGGAGCGACGGGCGAUUGUACGGCUUGUCAUCCGUUGUGUAGCGCGUGCUUCGCGUCGGGAUCUUCAAACUGUACGGCGUGCAGAUCGGACGCUCGACUCGACGGCACCGUCUGCUCUUUUGAUGAGUCUAGAUCCAUUUCCGGUCGGAUAAACCACGAGGUGACUCUACAACAGCACAACCACCACCGCAGGCAGCAACAGCACAAGCAGCAGCAGAAGAAGAAGCAGCAGCAGAAGGAGCAGCAGCAGAAGGAGCAGCAGCAGAAGGAGCAGCAGCAGAAGGAGCAGCAGCAGAGGGAGCAGCAGCAGCACAACCAGAAGCAGAUCAAUCCAGUAACUCGAAUGUUGAUCAAUGAGACCAGAAUUCGAUCACACGAUGACGUAUAUGAUCCUGCAAUUGUUGGACUAUUCUCGACUACCAUACUGCUGCUGCUGCUGAUCAUUUUCCUUCUAGUAUUUCUGUUUAUCCAAACUCGUCGAAAGGUCUCUCGUUGUACAGAGACCGUUCUCUGCCUGUCGUCUGCACAAGAAGAGAAGAGGACCAACUGAAUCAGCAAAGCUGGGACAUUGGAUCUCUUACUUUUGCCUAAGCAUGUGAGUCCAUUUAAGUAGUUAGUGUUGAGUACAGUAUGGAUGGUCAGAUCCAUGCUAUGUAAUGUCACACAAAGAAUGAA